UUCCAAAUAACCGUCAGAUUCGCAGCUGGAUUCUCUUUUCCGUUACUCAUCCGACGGUCACUUUUUCUUCUUCCCAAUCUCCGGCGAGAAAACAAAAGCCGUGGAGAACGAGCGGAGAGAUAGAGAGGGAGAGAUUUUACAGAGAGAGAUAGAGAGGGAGAGAUUUUACAGAGACAUAGCGAUGGGGAAGGAUUACUACAACAUUCUGAAGGUGAGCAGAAGCGCGAGCGACGACGAUUUGAAGAGGGCUUACAAGAGAUUGGCGCUGUUUUGGCAUCCAGACAAGAAUCCGGCUAACAAACAGGAGGCGGAGGCCAAGUUCAAGCAAAUUUCAGAGGCAUAUGACGUUCUUAGCGAUCCUCAGAAGCGUCAGAUCUACGACCUCUACGGCGAGGAAACCCUCAAGUCCGGCAAAAUUCCUCCGCCCAACCCUCAAGCUACGUCGUCCUCCGCCUAUUCCCCGGUCUACCAACAAUAUCAGCGCCAGCAUCCCAAUACUUCCACGUUCAAGUUCAAACCUAGGAACGCGGAUGAUAUAUACGCGGAAUUUUUCGGAUCGGAAGGCGGCGGCGGCGGCACUAGCAAUAGUGAUGGUGGAGGGAGGAGCAGAGGGGUUAAUGAUGCGUUUUUUAGGGUUCAUAAUGGGACGGAAAAUGGGGGUGGUGCCCGCGGUAGGAAGGCUGCAGCUGUUGAGAAUACAUUGCCUUGCAGCUUGGAGGAGCUCUAUAAAGGCGCCAAAAAGAAGAUGAAGAUUUCGAGGAAUGUGUACGAUGCUUCUGGGAAGUUUCGGACAGUUGAAGAGAUAUUGACAAUUGAUAUAAAACCGGGGUGGAAGAAAGGGACGAAGAUCACUUUUCCACAGAAGGGAAAUCAGGAGCCUGGCAUUAUUCCAGCAGAUCUUAUAUUUGUAGUGGAUGAGAAACCACAUGCUAUGUACAAGAGGGAUGGGAAUGAUUUAUUGGUGAACCACGAAAUAACACUCCUGGAAUCACUCACAGGUAAAACUCUCGAACUUACUUCUCUGGAUGGAAGGAAUCUCGUGAUCCCUAUAACAGAUAUUGUCAAACCUGGUGAUGAGAUGGUUGUGGCAAAUGAAGGGAUGCCAAUCUCAAAGGAACCUGGGAAGAGGGGAAAUUUGAGAAUCAAGUUUGAGGUCAAGUAUCCAUCAAGGCUUACGACAGAACAGAAGUCUGAUCUGAUCAAAGUUCUUGGUGUAGUUUCAUAGCAUAACACUCACUUGGGAAAUAAGAGCUGCCCAUAUUAACACAUAGAUAGCUUAUUAUUUCCUGUAAAUAUAAACUCUGCACGAUCUUGAAGAAUAUGAAAUGCUGGUAAGUUUUUCCUUUGUUUUGGGGGGAGGAGGGGGUGUGACAUUUGCUUGCGAAUGCAAUUUUUGGUAACAGGCAGGCAUAUGGGAGGCAUUAGAUCAGUAUAUAUUAUUUAUGGGGUGCAUCAACUGCGAGUUUUGACAGAGUAGUAUUUUCCCUUCCCCUCUGCAUUGUUAAUUCUUGGGGGGUAAUAUGUUUGUACUCUGUACUUGGUAGUCAAGUGAGACAAUUUUUAACUUUAGAAUUUUAAUUUCAUUAAAUUGAACUUUAAACGCGAAUAAGUGGUGAAAUUACUAUCCUUGAAAAGUCAUCUUUAUGAGUGUGGUUGUGGUCAGCAUUUCUUUUUUCUUUUUAUUUUGGUUGAUUGAUUUAUUAGAGUUUGGAUUUCUUUUGGGAUUUGUGUGUUUUAUAGCCUGAUUUUUUUAUGUUUUAUUGAUCAAAUUUUUAGGUGAUUUAUUGUUAAUUCUCUUACUUGGUUUUCAAGAGGUUGAUUUCACCACUUAUUCAAUCUUAAGGUUGAAUUUGAUGAAAUUGAAAAUUGAAAGUUAAAUAGUC